AGUCAGUUUCGUUCCUGAAAACACAUUCAACAUGCGAGAGAAAGCAACGGGCUUUUGGGCUUGCAGGUACAUUCUAAGUAUUUAUGUAUUAUUAUUAUGUACCGAAGUUUGUUUUAGUUAUUAUAAAUGUUUCACAACGCAUAUGGGUUAUGCUACGUCCACGUUUUUGGUAUGUCGUCGUGCUAUGGGUGCACAACCAAGAUAACAGAGAACUGAUUCUCAGCUGUUCUGGUUACUGCAAUGAAUGGUAACACUAUCCAUCAGGCUACGACCACAGCUUUGGUUGCAGUGCCUCGUGGCUGGAGGGAGUUCUGCGAGUUGCAUGCCAUUGCCACGGCCCGAGAACUAGCCAACCACUACCGGAACUUUGCCAGGGAGUGGCCAGUGCACGAUGUCGUCCCAGCGGACAGCUUCUCCAAGCAGUUCAGUGAGCUGUUCCAGCAGCACUUCCACAGUGAGGUGGCCAAAGAACUCCCUGCAUCGACCCCUCCCCCCAUGAUGGGCCGGCUCCACAUCACCACCUCCUCCGAGGCGCUGGACUACAGGGAGGCGGGCCGGUCUGGCGUUCUGGCCCCAAAGACGGAGCCCGUGCCGGUGAGCCGGGAGCAGGGGAACCCCAUCUGGUGCUCGGCAGCCAACCCGGUGCUACGAGCUCGAGCUCCCAUCCAGAGCCGCAGCCAGGAGGAGGUGACUGUGUCAGAGGGGCGGCCUGCGUCUGAACGGUACAUCCCCACCUCGACUUCCUUCACUGCUGCUGAAGUUACACACUUCUCCGUCAGCCAGAUCAGGAAAAGCGUGCGCCGUCUCUUUAAGAAGCACCCGCCCCUUCAGGACCUGCAGCCCAGCAGGCUGGUGGACAGGGGAAUGGGUGGGGCGCUGGAGGAAGUGAUGGCCUUAUCGUCGUCAGCGCUGACUGGGAACCCCUCCCACGAGACCACGCCCUCGGCCUCCCCCACGUCCACCCACUUCCUAGAACGGCUGAAUAGCAGGUUUGUCCGUAGGCAGAGUGGGAAGCGCAGGCCGCAGGCUGCAAGCAGCUGCAAGGAGGGCCAGCUGAAGUACCUGGUGGUUGACGACACUAUCUCGGACACACAGCAUCGCUGGCAGCGCUGCCGCCUGCUUGUGAGGAAGAUCAGAGAGGGCCUGGCAGGAGAGAGGUUCCAGCUGGAGCUCUACGACCCCCCCAAGGGCUCCAGUCCUAAACUGACAGCACGUUGCUCAGACAUCCUGGAGAUCCGCCGCUGCAACUGUCUGGAGAUGCCGGACAACACAAACACGUUUGUUCUAAAGGUUAAUAACUUUCCAGGUAGUCUCAUAUUUGAGACCGACAAUGACCAACAGGUCAGCUCCUGGACAACAGAAAUUAAAGAAUGGAUAAACAACAGGUCUGGAAGCGGGGAUUUGGAAUGCCUAACCUACCCUAUGGAUAAUGCUGCGACGGCCAACCGGAGAGGGAGCUCCGAGUCAGGGAGUCAGGGCUCUGCGACCUUUGCCCUCUCGGAGCAGGUGUACCAUAAGACUGACCACUUCCUGUGUUUGUACCCAUGGUUCCAUGGCCCCAUCUCGCGGGUCAAGGCGGCCCACCUGGUCCAGAACUCGGGCCUGGAGGGACACGGAGUCUUCCUGGUGAGGCAGAGUGAGACCCGCCGCGGAGACUAUGUCCUCACCUUCAACUACCAGGGCAAGGCCAAGCACCUGCGUCUGUCUCUGACAGAGUGUGGUCAGUGUAGGGUGCAGCAUCUGCGCUUCCCCUCCGUCAUGGACAUGCUCAGUCACUUCCGCCUCUACCCCAUACCCCUGGAGUGUGUCGCCGCCUGCGACGUCACCCUCACCAGCUUUGUGGUGGCCAAUUCUACCGCACAAGGUCAGAGUUCAUCCGCUGUCCUGGUUCCUUUCUCCCUGCACCGCUGGAGCUCCGAACCCAGCCUAGCCCACUGCAGCCCCAGCCUGCUCCCCUCUCCAGACCCCCUUCCCCAGCCCAGGCUCCCUCUCCUACGCCCUGCGCCCUUCCCAGACCUUUCCACCUCGGGUCCCCUGCGUCGGAGCGAGUCUGUGGGCCGCAGACCUAUUCUGCGUCACCCCAACCCCCACCUCCUCACUCAACGGGACUCCGACUACGAACUGGAGCCAGACAGAGGCCGCAAGCGGGCCAUCGACAACCAGUACAUGUUCCUCUAAUUGGUGGACUCCCGGUCACAGCCGACCCAGUGGUGGCUCGGAGACUCCAAAUGAGCGAAGGACAGACUCAUGAGUGAACGUGUAUGCCACAGUGGAGGUCUGUCUCGUGGGCUGGGUGUCAGAGGUCCGACCCGAGUGUCCAUUGUGAAUGUAUUUCUUAGGAAAGUGCCUAAUCUUGUUAUGAUUGUCAUUUUCUGAAGCGGCUGUCGUGGUCCUUCUAAGGGACGUUGCUACAUGGGAGUGAGUGGCGCUGGUAUGGAAGGUCUUCCUUCAGUCCCUCCCUUCUAUAGGGGUCUGUUCACUCCCUCCACACAUACACUCCAUUUAAGUGAAUUCUAAUGUUCUUUGAUACCCUGUGUAUUAGUGUAUCUCAAAUGCACACAUUGUAUACUUUUAAACACUGUGUAUUUUAGUACGCAGACUAUUUUUGUAGGAAUAUGAAGGUGUUGAAAAAUAAAUAAUUUAAAAAAACUUAACUGUGAUGAGCUUAGGGCUGUUACGGUGACGUCAUGACCACAGUCAAAUUCCAUGUGCCUUCUCAAACUGUGCUCUGAUGGUUAGUAGCCUACCAAACGUGCCAGUCGCUCAGCACUAUUGUCCCUCUAAUCACCAACAUCAAUUCAAAUCAAACACUUCAUGAGCUCAUGUUGCACAACAUUUUUAUAGGCUAUGCAAUUGCGUGAGAAAAGCGUCUUGAUGGCCUCUAAUAAACAGAGGCACACUAUAUUUCUCAACUUUCCUAAUAUUAAGCACAUUGCUUCUCUUCACAACAUGAGUAUAGCCUAACUGGCUGUAAUGAAAAUGAACCACGGGAAAAGCAACCUCCAUUCGCUAUUUUAAGUGCGUAGAUUACAUAUUUUUCCCCCCCCUCUUCCGACAGGUGCAAGAUAAUGGUCCAUCAUUAAGUAUAGGUAAAGACAAGAUUAGUCUGAUGGGUGACAAUAUUUGGCUAUCACUCAUGAAUGAUGCCCAGGGUGUGCAAUAAGGUAAGAAACAGAGCAUGUUUUGUUUUUUUGCAACUUUUUCUAAUCAUAGUCACACAUGUCAUGUAGCCUAGCCCAUGAUAAGAUUUGUAACUAAAGCACAUUAUUACGGAGACCAACUGACAUACACUACCGUUCAAAAGUUUGGGGUCACUUAGACGUCCUUGUUUUUGAAAGAAAAGCACUUUUUUGUCCGUUUUAAAAUAAAUUGAUCUGGAAUAUCUACAGAGGCCCAUUAUCAGCAACAAGCACUCCUGUGUUCCAAUGGCACGUUAGCUAAUCCAAGUUUAUAAUUUUAAAAGGCUAAUUGAUUAUUAGAAAACCUUUUUGCAAUUGUUAGCACAGCUGAAAACUGUUGUCCUGAUUAAAGCAGCAAUAAAACGGGCCUUUAGACUAGUUCAGUAUCUGGAGCAUCAGCAUUUGUGGGUUAGAUUACAGGCUCAAAAUGGCCAGAAACAAAGAACUUUCUUCUGAGAAAUGAAGGCAUUUCCAUGCGAGAAAUUGCCAAGAAACUGAAGAUCUCGUACAACAAUGAACUACUCCCUUCACAGAACAUUGCAAACUGGCUCUAACCAGAAUAGAAAGGAGUGAGACCCUGGUGCACAACUGAGCAAGAGGACAAGUACAUUUUGACAGCUUCAUUAAAUAAUACUCGCAAAGAGGCGACCCCGGGAUGCUGGCCUUCUAGGCAGAGUUCCUCUGUCCAGUGUCUGUUCUUUUGCCCAUCUUCUCUUUUUAUUUGCAACUCUGCCUAGAAGGCCAGCAUCCCAGAGUCGCCUCUUCACUGUUGACGUAGGUGUUUUGUUGGUACUAUUUAAUGAAGCUGUCUUUCUCGAACUUGACACUAAUGUACUUGUCCUCUUGCUCAGUUGUGCACCAGGGCCUCCCACUCCAAUCUGGUUAAAGCCAGUUUGCGCUAUUCUGUGAAGGAAGUAGUACACAGCAUUGUACGAGAUCUUCAUGAUUAGCUAACAACACAGGAGUGAUGGUUGCUUAUAAUGGGCCUCUGUAUGUAGAUAUGCCAUAACAAAAUCAGCCGUUUCCAGCUACAGUAGUCAUUUACAACAUAAACCAUGUCUACACUGUAUUUCUGAUCAAUUUGAUGUUACUUUAAUGGACAAAAGUGCUUUUCUUUAAAAACACAUGAGUGACCCCAAACUUUUGAACGGUAGUGUACAUCAAAAGUAACAUUGACAAAGUCAUCAAUAUUUGAGCACACAGAAUCCCAAACAAUGUGAGAUGUUCUCAUAAUUUACCAUAAAAAUGCACCUUUUUAUAAUAAAGCAUUACAUGUCUAAUCGCAUUUGCAGACUUAAUGUAAGAUGGAUUACUAUUUGUAAUGUGAUGAGUAGAUAGUUUAGGCAAAUAAUAUAACUGAAUCACUGUUGGUAAAACAAAAAAGACCGUUCAGUCCAUUACUGAGCACGUAUAGCAGGCCAAGGCUAUAUGGGAUACGUUUCGUCUUUGCAUGUGAAAAAUGUGGCCUUUUUAUAAAUGCAAUUCUACUACACUUCAUAUGGCGGGAGACAUUAGCAUCUUUUUUUAAUAGGACAAAUUAAAAUGAGUAGCCUACUCAGCUGACAGUGACCAUAUAAUAGGCCUACGAGAAGGGGUGAUAACUAACAAUUAGUCAUUUCACUGUCUUCUUACAACAUUAAUCAUUUACUUUCCAAACUGUUUUCCCGCAAUUGUAUUUUGAAAUAUUGCUAUAUGCCUGGCUUGGCCUCUAAUUUUCAGACAUUCGCAACUCAACAAAUAUCUGCCCAAAUUGUGAACUGCCUUUCCUUCCAAACAUAGGCAAUGCGAUUUAAAACAUUUUAUUUAUUAAUUAUUUAUGUUUCAGCAAAUUAGGCUAUAUAAUUUUGGCAAUUUUAAUUACAUUUACUUUGGGAGAAUCUUAGCUUCCCCUAUUAAAAAGGUAACUGCACGCGACCUCCAUAUGCUAGAGUGCAGGCUACAUGGGUUUUGUGGGCCAUAUUAAAUUGAGAAUAGGCUGAAGGGUGAGAUUAUCAAGUGCUUGUCAAAUUGUGAUUGAGAGACUGAAGUGUGCAGCCUGCACCAGAAACAGAGCUAAUGCCUUUCAUGCGACUAUUAAAAAUCAGAACAUGUCCCUACUAAAGUUGCAUUAAAAAAACUACCUAUAUGUUAACCACUCAUAGACUAGCCGCAUGUGCGCACUCCCUCAAGGAUAUUUUCUCCAUUCUAUAAAAUAAAUGCCACGAAAUUCCAAGCAUAUCUUGUCUGCUAAAUGAACUAGUGUAGCCCACAGCCAUAUCAGGGUCUAACAUAAGGACAACUCAGUAUGCUAUUCUGUUCUGAAAGACAUUCUUCAUAUCAUGUUUCUUUAGAACUAAAAUAGAUAAUGGAUUUAAUGUGAUGGUGUAACAGUCAAUUACCGUAGAGACCAGCAGUUAUUGGCUUGACAAUCACCAGCUGACAAUCUCAUGAUCUCCACAACCCUAAGAGGCUCAUAGUUGGGGUGUGUUGGUGCUGAACCUCAAGAGAUGACUGAAUAAAGGGUUUGGGAGGAGACAUGAAACCCAACCUAGUCUAUGGUUCUCAACACAUGAUACGACAGUUUGUCUACCCAAUAACAUUUACAUAACCCUUGUAAAAAAUAUCACUAUUGUACAUCAGUUGUAAAAAUCUGAAUGUGUACAGGGCCAAAGAUUAGCGUGUUAAUUUCCUAUCAGCAUGAAACAAAGGUUCUUACCUGUGCUCUCCAUCCCUACCAGGAAGUAACGGAUAACUCAUCCUGGUCCUUUCUGAAGGCAUUUUUGUUUGCAGAUGCUACAUUUGAAUGUUUGUCUAUGGCUUCUUAAUCAUCAAGCCCUAGAAAGCCGCCCUCACUAAGAACCCAUGUGGUGCCUUAACACUGUGUACGCAACCAUUCUGGUAUAAUUUGUUUAUUAAACACUUUCUGAAAAUUCUAACACACCCUUCACUUUUCUGUAUGUACGUCUUUCCCCUUGCUUAACACUAACUUAGCAGUGACACUUUAGUCAGCGACUCAACCUCGAUGUCAUGCAGUAUUUAUGGUAAUCAUAGGGUUUCCUGUUUAAGAAAUGCACAAAGGCAGGUUGAUCUCCUUAGACAUGAUCAGGAUAUUUUAUUUUCAUUGCAUAAUUGAGCUACAAAUGUAUCAAGGGUAUCUUCCAGUAUUGAAACUGACAUUAAGAGUUUAGGUGGUGGGGGGGGAUAGACAAUUGUAAAGUACGGUUGGUCUCCUGCACUUCAAUUUAAACUGAACCCAAACAUCUGCUCUGCAAAAGGAAAUCUACGGUAUCAGUCCCUCUCUGACCUGUAGAGACUGCUUUGCCUGAAAGCUGCUGUUGCUUUGAACCUCCGGGCCUGACGUUAGAAAUUAGUGCAAUAACAUUUCCCAUGAUUUGGCUUAUUGAACAAUGCUUUAUAUUGUGGCUUAACCUGUACAUUGGAGAAACAAACAAUUCAUACUUGGCAUCCAGCAAUAAAGAUCACCCCUACUCACGUCAGUGUCAUGGCAAGCGUUGAGUGCAUUCCAUCACUGCAGACAUGGGUAGCUCACUCUUCAACUGUCUGCACAUAUGUUUGUUUUAUACUCCCAAGGAAACAGUGCAAAUGGAUUGGCAUCAAACGCAUAGAAACCAUGUUUGAUGCCAUUGCCGCCUGCCAAUCCUCACCAAUUAAAAAAGUGCCUCCAACCUCCUGUGCUCAGGUAUUAGAACAUUUGCUUGCAAGCAUUUUAUUUUGGCCCCUCAGCGACGCCUUGGCUGACAUUGUACAUUUUGAGUUCAACUGAUGAAUGCAUGUCUUCUCAAUACUGUUGAUUCUAUUUAUGUAUUAGCACUGUAACAUUCCAUCACUAAGUAAACCACCCCAACGCUUUGUCGAUCUUUGAUCAAUUGUUACAUUUCCCUCAGCUAUAAGCAUUCUAAAUUUAUAUAAACUGUAUAUUUGACUUUUGGAAAAUAAAGCUAACCAAAACACA